AAUAACUCGAUUCUUUAAGGUUGCAGGAACGGUUCGAAGAUGUCGUUUUACGACGAGUGGCGUGUGUAAAAAGUAACGAAAUCGAAGUGGUGGGGUCGAACUUGGUGCUUGGGGCAUUGAACAAAGGUUGACUGCGUCGGUCGUGGAGCCGGCGGCGCAUUCACGAUUCAAACAUGGCAGCGGCUACCAGCGUUGUCGUGCUCGACAGAGGCAACAAUACCACCUGCACGAUUAAUUUACACGGAGCCACGGUCGUUUCUUGGCGAGUGAAUAAUCAGGAACAGUUGUUUGUCAGUAAGCAGGCUGUAUUCGAUGGAAAGAAAGCCAUUAGAGGAGGCAUUCCAUUUGUCUUUCCCCAAUUUGGAGCAUGGACAUUUGGACCACCCCAUGGAUUCGCGAGAAUUAUUCGUUGGAACGUGGAGAAGUCACCCGAACGAUUACCCAGCGGCGACGUCGAGGCGAUAUUCUCUAUAAUGGACAGCGAAUUCACCCGUUCAAUGUGGAAUUAUCCAUUUAGGUUAACGUACAGACUAAUCCUUCGAGAAAAGGAGCUACAUUUUAAUAUCGGCGUGUACAAUCCCAGUAAAGACCACACGUUUAGCUUUAAUUUGCUGUUACAUACAUACUUCAAAGUACCAGACGUUAGGAGAUGUCAAAUCACGGGUCUUCACGGAUGCACCUUUAUCGACAAGACGAGGGACAACCAAAUCUUCCAAGAGGGUCGCGACGUAGUGACGGUGUGUGAGUGGACAGAUAGAAUUUACCAGAAUACGCAACCAGAACAUAUUAUCACUAACGUCGUGUCUGGUAGGAAAAUGCGAGUUCAAAAGUACAAUUUCCCUGACACUGUGGUCUGGAAUCCUUGGCAGGAGAAGGCCCGCGACAUACCCGACUUUGGCGAUGACGAAUUCCCUAACAUGAUAUGCGUGGAAAGCGGACAUGUCAGCAGCCCAGUCAUACUACUCCCUGGAACAGCAUUCGAAGCCAGUCAAAUCUUGCAGGUAAUGUGAGUAGAGGGUGGACCGACUUCGCAUGUAACGACCGGAAGUAAUGUCAAUCCACUGCAUCCGGUGUCCUCUGCAUCAGGUACCGUCUGGCGGACCGGUGCAGGGUGGCUGUAUAUGCCACCGCCCCCACCGCCACCGCCACCAACAUCCUCUACACAUCAAUCGCACCUCCACGCGCAUUGUAUUGCUCAGACUUGCACUAUAUGUUCCCUUAAUCUUUAAAUCGACAUCUUUGAGAUCAAAUCAACAGAAAGCACUGAUUUCGAGUUCAAUCGUAUUCAACUUUUUCUUUUGUAAUUUCUUCUCUUGACAAUUGUUUCAGUACUAAGAUAUUCCUUCUAAUGAGAUACAACCAAAUGAUAAGUAUAAUUCAUAUAUGUUUAACGCGUUGAACGCCACGUCACAUGUAGGAGUGAUAGGAUUUUUCUAUAAGGAAUUGAAUAAAUUAAUUCUUAAAAUAGGUGUCGCAGAAAAUAAAUCUGGAUAAGAUUCGUGUACUUUGACGAGGUUACGAAGAUAUAUACCGUCAUAAAUAUUAAAUUAUAUAGUUUUCAUUUGUAUAGAAAGAAAAAUUUUAGUCUUGUAGAAAUUUUCAUGAGUAUUAAUCUGGCAGUCAACGUGUUAAUAACGAAUUUGAUCAGAUACUAUAACUUCUCGAAGCGAUUGACAAAACAUCGAAAAAACAGAAAUUUUUUAGAGUAUUAUCACAUCCAAUGGAUUUUAGAGAGUUUUAGAAUGAUCAUUGUUAGACGGAACUGAAUCUGAACAAAGUGCUGUUUUAGGAAGUACAUUAUGUCAUAAAGAAUUAUUAGUUAAACUUGUUCUAAAUUAUUUAUCAUCGAUAAUAAUAGAGCGUAUGUAUGUAUAUAUCAACGUAUACAUAUAUGCAUAAGAUUUAGUGGGAAUUACCAUUUGUAAUAACGUUACAUUGCCCUCUAUUCGAUUUAAUUGUAUGUUUAUUCAAUGUCCACAGAAACGCGAAACACAUCCCUAUAUUUAUUUAGCUACUCGAUAUCAGCUGAAAGAACAAGAUGUUCUUACGUAAUUAUUGUACAUUUUAGACUUGUAAUUCGAACGAAAAGUUGAUAACAAUCACGACAUCUUUUUAUUAAUUCGAAUGAAGAGCUUAGACGUUCAUCUUCUAAAAAGCAACGAACAAUCCUUUGAACGAAAAAAAUUAGCGAAUUUAAUUUAAGAAUAACACAAUUUCUAUUCAUACAUUAAAUUCUCCUAACGAAAGUAUUGUUUCGCUUAAUUAAAUAUUUCUGAAUAGUAAUAUUUGUUAUAUUUGAUCAUAGAUGUUUACAGAGUGCACAAAUAAUUCAAUAAUACAAUAUACUGUUUGUUGUUGUAACAUAUGGUGCGAGAUAUCAACUCUGGGUAUUUCAUUUGUUAAAAAAGACUCCCAACAUUUCCAACGAAUUUUAUAUUGCAAUAUUUCACCGAAUAUUUUUUAUAUAAUUGCUUUUCGACGUAUUUGUUGAUUUAAUAGAUUUCAUAAACCUUACAUUUUUGAAAUACCAUACAUAGAUAUACAAUGUUCCCUAACAGUACAUUCAAUUGUUUUAUUUACCAAUUUUGUUCUAUUAUCGAUACUUGGAAAUUUUAUCUGUUAUGUACUCAUAAAGUAUGACAUAGUGUGCAAUUUUAAUGACGCGACUCUAAGUGUUUUAAAGCACGAACAGCAAAUUUGAAUUAAUGACUCUUAUUGCACAAUUCACCUGCAAAAUAAUACAGAUAUGGUGCUAAUGUUACAGAUAUAAUAUUGUAAUAGUAGGAAGUUACAGUAGUUAAACGCAGUCAACAUUCUUUAUUAUUGUUGUAGUUUUAGCAGCAGGAAAAAAAUUCUAUCAAGUUUUCAAGUACAUUAUAUCCUCUAUAUUACCUUGCGCAAAAGGACGAAAACAUUCAAUAACAAUAUACAAUCGAAAUAGUUGUAAGCAAAUAUUUAUACCGUAUAAUAUUAUGAUACUAGUAUAAAAAAAACCAAUUUCAUGUGUGUACGAACAUUUGUAAAAAUAUUGUCAUGUCGACGUACUAUUUACUAAUUAACUUUCUAGUAACGAAAAACAAGUGCAGGAAAUAUUUACACUUCGCCAUUCAGUUUUUGAUAUCUGAAUCGUAAUUAAACAUUAUAAUAUACUGGUUUGAAGUGGCAAUUUUUACAUAAAAUUCAUCUAAUAGAAUUAUAUCCUGCAUUAUAUGAAUCAACAUUCAUUCACUAAUGAAUAUUUGAAUUUUUACUUCUUUUUAUUACAUCUUUAUAGCAAUAUUACCACUGAAUAAAUAAAAUUUUUCUCAUAAAAAUAAGUUCAAAAACGACUACUCUAAUUGCUUUUAAUUGUGUAUAAGGUUAUGUUCUGACUUAUUUUUAAUGUAAAAAUUUUCUCAAAUUCAGUGAUAACGCAUUUUCAAGAAGAUGUAAUAAAAAAUGUACACAAUCUUUAUACAAAACUUAAAUCUUGCGUACGAGUUGUACUACGAAAUGCAAUAUAAUUUACAGAAUAUUAUAUUCAAUAUACGGUAAAUAACCUUGCAUUUUUGAAUAGCCACAAAAGAAAAAUUUUGUUAUUUCAAAUCACAAAGUACCCAAGUAACAAAGCAAUACAUUCCCUAGGAAGAAUUUUAGAUUAAAAUUAGCUUGAUAGCUAUUAAUGUCAUAUAUAGAAAAUUUACUUCAGAAUUGUAAUUCUGAACCUAGGUUCUGCAUUUCGUUAUUAUAUUUUCUUUAAUUUCUAUUGAUUUAGUGAAAUUUUUAAUCAAGGCUUUCAAAUCCAAGGAAUCCAAUUAGCUGUUAUUUAAUGAAAUACUAAACAAAGAAUUAUAGUUAAUUAAGCCUUGAGUGAAAAUUUUAUAUGAAUUUAUCUUUUCUAUGUAGGUAUUUGAAUGAUACACAAACUCUGAGUGGUUGUAAUUCUCAUCUAUAAGUGUAUACUUAGAGUUACAAUUUUGAAAUUGAUUGAAAUCUCAGCGUAAAUUCAAUUUGAAUAAAUAUAUAAUUUACUACUUUGAUAGGGAUAAACUGGUGGUACUUUAUAACAAAAAAAAAAGUUUGAACUGUUCAAAUCUUCCAAAAAUACGUAAAUUGUGGAUUUCUAUGUUUCAUAAGAAACAUCGAUCGUAAAAGUCUACAAACCAAUAUAAAAAAAUAACACAAACGAGAUAAACAAAAAUUACGAAACUGUAGUAAAUUUUAAUUUUUUUUUAAUCCGCUCAAUAUACGAUUAUUCGAUAUUUUUACAUCACAUUUUACAUGUUUAGUUAAAUUUUUACCUGUACUUCGAUAAAUUUUCCAUUUUGGGGAGAAAUGAAUCGAACAUUUCACUUAUUCUGCACUACAAUAACUGUCACUUAGGAAUUAACUGUGAUUCAAUGAUAGUUUGAAUCAGUGAAGGAGGCGCAUAGUCUGUCCAAUUAAAUAUUUUUGUUAAAAUACAUUUACACGGAAUAUUUUCAUCAUAACAUUCUUUAAUUUUUAUUCUUAAAAACAUUAAUACAAUUUAGAUAUUCUGAAAAUUUAUAUUAUUCAGAAAGCUGUUUAAUGUAAAAAAAAUGAUGUGUUAAGACGGAUGUAUUUGUAUAUUUCUCAUUCUCGUAGUAUCGAUUAUAAUCUGCAAAUAUAUACUUUUUUACUUGCAAAGUUUAUUAGAAAUAUUUAUUAUAUGCGAAGAAACGAAAACUUAUUCACAAAUGUAAGCAUUUUUGUAUCUCAAUAUCCACUUUGUUAUAAGCGGAAAUUGUCUAAGAAAAUAUUUGUUAGUGCAUUCCAUCGAUGCAUUUUCCGUUUCACUUGAUACGAUUAUAUCAUGUGCAAUAUUUUAAUUUUAGAUCAAGGUGCAUAGUAUAAUUAAAUAAAUGCUCAAUGUACAAUA